CGGGCAGAAGGCAGGUGGCAGUAAAGUCACUUUUCCUCAGAUACACUGACUUUGAUCAGUGAAGAAUAAAGCACCAAACUCGGAGUUUGACUUUUCCUCCCAACGCGAAAAGCAGAGACAUGAGUGUUCGAGAGAUUGUAGAGAAUGUGAAGCUGGCCCGGGAAUAUGCUUUGCUGGGGAACUAUAUAUCAGCUAGUGUCCUCUAUCAUGGGCUGUUGGAUCAAAUCAAGAAACACAUCUACACUGUGUGUGAUGGCUCCUUCCAGCAGAGGUGGCAGCAGUUAUGGCAGGAAAUCAGUGAAGAGAGUCGCCAAGUGCAGGACAUCAGGUCGACUCUGGAGAACUUUCAGUUUGAUGCAGCAGCUGCAAAACCAGCCAAUCAUGACGACUUCGAUAAGAGGCCUGUGCAAGUGGAGCCCAGACACUCCCCUUGUCCUGUGAGGCGACCUUCUAAUCCAUAUAAAGACCACAAAGCCCCAAACAAUCGUCUGAGUGUGGCGGUCCGUGCUCAGCAGCGCCACUCCCCUCGGGGCAACGGGGACCGAAGCAGAUUCCCCAAGAGCAAAGACAAAGAUGUGAAGGAGCCUAAGGAAGGGGCUGCCAAAGCUAAAGAUGAUAAGAAUAAAGGUGAUGUCCAGGAGAAAGAAAUCAAAAAGUUUGAUGGAAGUGGAUAUGACAAAGACUUGGUGGAGGCUUUGGAGAGAGAUAUUAUAUCUCAAAAUCCAAACGUCAAAUGGGACGAUAUCGCAGAUCUUGAAGAUGCAAAAAAACUCCUGAAAGAAGCUGUUGUUCUACCCAUGUGGAUGCCAGCUUUUUUCAAAGGCAUACGGAGGCCAUGGAAGGGGGUACUCAUGGUGGGACCUCCAGGUACAGGAAAAACACUUCUGGCCAAAGCUGUUGCUACAGAAUGUAGAACCACCUUCUUCAAUGUGUCCUCUUCCACCCUCACAUCCAAGUACCGCGGCGAGUCAGAGAAACUAGUACGACUCCUCUUUGAAAUGGCUCGCUUCUACGCACCCACCACCAUCUUUAUCGAUGAGAUCGACUCAAUGUGCAGCCGCAGAGGCACGUCUGAGGAGCACGAGGCCAGCCGCAGGGUCAAGGCAGAGCUCCUGGUGCAGAUGGAUGGUGUGGGUGGAGCCUCAGAGAAUGAUGACCCAUCAAAGAUGGUGAUGGUGUUGGCAGCCACCAACUUUCCCUGGGACAUAGAUGAGGCAUUGAGGAGACGUCUUGAGAAGAGGAUCUACAUCCCUCUGCCAUCAGCUAAAGGUCGAGUGGAGCUGCUUAAGAUUAAUCUAAAGGAGCUGGAACUGUCUGGUGAUGUGGACAUGGAAAGGAUAGCAAUGCAAAUGGAGGGUUACUCUGGAGCGGACAUCACCAAUGUGUGCAGAGAUGCAUCCCUGAUGGCCAUGAGGCGCAGGAUCGAGGGCCUGUCCCCAGAGGAGAUUCGAAACAUCUCCAGAGACGAAAUGCACAUGCCCACGACCAUGGAGGACUUUGAGACCGCUCUGAAGAAAGUGUCCAAGUCUGUGUCAGCGGCUGAUCUGGAGAAGUACGAAAAGUGGAUCCAGGAGUUUGGCUCAUGCUGAUGCUUGUUUGCAGUUUCAUUGUUCACUAAGUGCACUUCAUUUUUAUUAGAAAUGUAUCAAAAACACUAAUAAAGCAGCUAUUUAAAGCACA